AAAAAAAAUCAUUUUAUUGAUUUCCUCAUUCGAACACACACACACAUAUAUGUAAAAUGGCUGAAAAAUUUGUAACCAUUGUACGAAUAUUAUCAUUUCUGAUCUAUUUAUUUUCAAUCUAUUGGCAAUAUAUCGUUCAACCUCCAUUUUUAUCACCUGAACGAAAACUAUUUGGUCCUUUGAUUUAUUUGACUUAUUGGGAUCUGCUUCUUCAAACUGGCUUCUUUUUUCUUCUGUUGAUUAAUCAACUUUUCGAUAGCCGUCGAUUGAAAAAUUUUAUCGAUCUGAUCUUUUAUGCAUUGGCAUUGCCCAUAUCAUGGAUAGUAUCAUCAUCAUUUUGGAUUUUAUGGGCUAUCGAUCGUGAAUUAGUUUUGCCCGCUAGUAUGGAUCCAUACUAUCCACCAUGGCUUAAUCAUUCGACUCAUACGAUGAUUGCCAUUUUGACUAUAAUGGAAUUGUUUGUUGGCAAACACAAACCACCCCAAACACGUAAAGGUUUCUUCAUAUUCUUUACAUUCGUUAUAACAUAUGCCAUUUGGUCAUUAUAUCUUCGCAUGGCAAUGGGUUUCUGGGUCUAUCCUUUUCUUGAUCAAAUGAAUAGUACAUUUGUUACUUUAUUCUACAUUUCAUCAUUAUUUCUCUAUUCAAUGACUUAUUUCGUUAGUUUAUUUUGCGGAAAAUACUUGUGCAACAAUAAUCAGGAUCACCGGCCUGUUAAACAGCGAAAAAAUCGCUAAAUCAACAUUCUCAAUUGAUUAAUCAAAUUAUUUCAUUUAUUUAUGUUUAUUAUCAGAAAUUCU